UAGACGCCAUUCCUCCUCCUCCACUGUCCGCUUCUUCGGCCCCUUCCGCCGCCAGUACCGCUAUUGCCACUACCGUGCCUCGUGCCGACCAUUAUUCCGCCCCCUCCCGUCUUCGUCGACUGGCGCCCGAAGUCGCCCUCAGCUCCCUCCCACUUUACCGAUGCCCUCCUCCUUGCCGUUCUCCGUCGUCAACUUUGCCUCGAUCGCCGGGGAUGGCUUCAGGGAGACGGAUCGGGUUGACCCGUCAACCCGAUGGGUCAGGUCCGCUGACGGAUCGGAUCAAAUUCCGAGCUAUUGCGCUGCUGUACCUGUACUCCGCAUGGCCAGAAACCAUAGGCACCUUACGUUGGAACAGGACAAAGACCGAUCAUAACGCCUGGCCUCUCCUUUGCCUCGCUUCAUCUCAAUAUGGAAGUAUACUUUUGUUUUAUUCGUGAAAUGCCUCUCCCGAUUUCGAUGUCCUUUCUGAUCCAUAUACUCUAAAAGAUAUUAUGAGAUGGUGGAUUCGUAACACCUCGAACAAAUCGCGAAUUCAGUGUGCGAAUAAAAGGAGGAGCUUGUAAGCCAUAAGAAAAGGAUAAAAUAUUCAUGGCCCAGAGGCAGAGACAGACUUGGAAUAGAGAGAGUUCUGAGGCGUCCGCUGAUCUCAAAGAUGACUUCUCCUCCCCUUCUCUCCCUUCUUGUGCAAUCCAGCAACCACAUUUUGCUCCCAGAUCUCCUGACGGAGGAGUUGAAAGUGGAAACAAAAACUUCCUUCAUUUGCUCCUUAGCCUUCGUCUAUUUUCUUACAGAGGAAUUGGUCAAAAUAACUCAGACUGUCCUCAAAUGGAGGAAGCAAUGGACACCAAAAAAAACUCUUAUCUUGCCAAUUCCUUCUCAUCACCAGAUGGUUCUUCUGCUCCCGAUUCUAAAGAGGAUAAUGGUAAUCAACAGCAUGGAGCAUUAGACAAGAAUGGCAAAAUUCCAUUUCUUACUAAUGAUCUGAACACUUCAACUCUAGACCAAAGAGGAUUUGUUGUAUCGGAGAAUAAACCAGUAAUUAAACUUGAGGGUGUAAAGGUCGAUUUACCCAAUGUUCAUAGAAUUUUGGCACCUUAUUCUUCCAAUGAAUCAAAUGAGCUUGGGACACCACAAAAUGGCGUAUCAGAGAAUUUAAAGAAAUAUGAUGCAAGCCGAGUACUUGUUGAUACUACAGCACCUUUUGAAUCUGUUAAAGAGGCUGCAACAAAGUUUGGAGGGAUUGCUGAUUGGAAAGCACAGAAGACCUUGAUCACAGAGAGGCGCAAGCAAGUCCAAUUUGAACUUAAGAAGGCACAAGAAGAAAUUCCGACGUGCAAAGAACAGCAUGAAGCUGCUGAAGCUGUUAAAGGACAAGUGUUGAAGGAGCUAGACUAUACAAAGAGACUGGUAGAGGAGCUUAAACUGAGCCUGGAGAAAGCAGAAACGCAGGAAGCACAAGCAAAGCAGGACUCCGAACUUGCUGAUCUAAGAUUGAAAGAAAUAGAGAAAGGAAUUACUAAUAAUUCAAGUGUUGUAGCCAAGACACGACUAGAGGUCGCCAAAGAAAGGCAUGCAAGUGCAGUUGCUGAGUUGAUAUCAGUAAAGCAAGAGCUGGAGUCAAUGCAAAGAAGGUAUGUUUUAUUAGUUCAUGAAAAGGACAUUGCAAUAAGGACAGCUAAAGAAUCUGUUUCUGCAUCAAAGAAGUUAGAGAAGACUGUUGAGGACCUAACACUCGAGCUCAUCACAACCAAGGAAUUGCUUGAAUCUGCUCAUUCCGCACAUCUUGAAGCCGAAGAACAAAGAAUUGGUGCAGCCUUGGCAUUGGAGCAGGAUAAAUUGAACUGGGAAAAGGAAAUGAAACAAGCUGAAAGUGAAUUACAACAGCUUAAUGAGCAACUCCUUGCAACGAAUGAUCUCAAGUCAAAACUAGAUAGAGCUUCUUCAUUACUGGUUAGUCUAAAAGUUGAACUAGCUUUGUACAUGGAGUCAAAACUAAAUCUGGAGGUCAAUAGCGCAGGAGAACUGAAUCCGAUAGUUCAGACAGGAGACAUCAAUGAGACAGAAACAAAUGUUCAAGCUUCAUUAGCGACAACCACAAAGGAACUCGAGGAAGUAAGGUUCAACAUUGAGAACGCUAAUGAUGAAGUCAACUGUUUAAGAGUUGCAGUUUCUUCACUAAAGUCUGAGCUGGAAAGAGAGAAAGCAUCUCUGACCACGGUGAGACAGAGGGAAGGCGUGGCAUCUGCAUCAGUCUCAUCUCUUGAAGCUGAGCUCACUAGGAUAAACACUGAACUAGAACUAAUUUUGAUCAGAGAGAAGGAAGCCAGAGAAAAAUUGGUGGAGCUGCCAAAGGCACUGCAGCAAGCAGCUGAGGAAGCAGACCAAGCUAAAUUAAUAGCUGACUUGGCACGUGAAGAUCUGAGGAAGGCAAAGGAAGAAGCAGAAUAUGCCAAAGCUGGAGCUAGCACACUGGAGACAAGAUUAACUGCUGCUCUUAAGGAGAUCGAGGCAGCUAAAGCAUCAGAGAAAUUGGCUAUCUCAGCAGUCAAAGCAUUGGAAGAAAGUGAACAAGCAAGCAUGGAGUGUGAGGACUCAUCAAAUGGAGUAACUCUACCAAUUGAAGAAUACUACAGACUGAGCAAGAAAGCCAACGAAGCCGAGGAGAUUGCUAACAAAAAGGUAAUUUCUGCCAUCGAGCAAAUGAAAGCAGCCAAAGAAUCUGAGUCAAGGAGUUUAAUACAACUGGAGGAAGCAAAUAAGAGGAUCAAGGAGAAGAAGAAAGCACAAAGAGCUGCAGUAGACAAGGCUAAAAAGGCAAGGGAGGGCAAGCUGGGUGUGGAGCAGGAGUUGCGAACAUGGAGAGCUGAUCAUGAACAGCAGAGAAAAUUGGGUGGCAUCCGUCGAAGCUUCUCUGAUUCUUCGAACCUUGUUGCCCUCGGAGACACUGAAAGCAUUGCCAGUGAAGCAGGUAGUCAAACAAGAAGUCCGAGGGUGCAUAUGGCACGAUCAAACACAACAAAUGCCAUGCCUGGCUCAGAACGGAGGCCACGAUCAUUCUUUCCCCGGAUAGUCACGUUCCUAGCGAGAAAGAAGGUUCAGUCAUUGAAGUAGACAGAAGCACAUACAUCUUGCAAAGCACUUGCAAUUCUGCAUUGUGUUGCAUGUAGGACCUGCUAAAUAUGCUGCAACUAGUUUCAUGACGUCGAUAGAACCCAUGGAAUUCGGUGUCAGGUAUUAUGCUGAUUCAUAUUGUCUGUUCCAAGUAAUCUGUUUACUUGUUAAAUUAGACAUUUUGUGACUAAAUUACAGUCUUGAAGUUGAGAAGU